AUGGUAGAUUUGACCAAGAUAGAUGCGGUGAGAGAUUGGCCAAGGCCAAGGAGUGCUUCAGAGAUUAGGAGAUUCCUUGGAUUGGCUGAGCACUAUCGACAAUUUAUUGAAGGAUUCUCAAGAAUUGCAACACCUUUGAUUGAAUUAACACACAAGAACCUUGAGUUUGUUUGGACUGAUACAUGCGAGAACAUUUUUCAGGAGCUGAAGCGGCGAUUAGUUACUGUACCAGUACUUAGUCUUCCUUUAGAUCAAGAAAAAUUUGUGGUUUACUGCAAUGCUUCGAGACAAGGGUUAGGCUGCAUACUGAUGCAGACUGGGAAGGUGAUUGGUUAUGCUUCAUGA